UGUUCUAUUACAAAAAUUAUUAAUACCUUUACGUGGCAGAGGAACAACGGCGAGACACACAGCUCCAAAAGCCUUCGUUUGCUUCGUUUACCAGACCGGCAAGGAGGGCAUCACGGCUUCUUCUACAACGGCGUGCAGCAGCCCGGCUUCGAGAACUUCCAUUCUCGCGCCGGCCUGCACCAGUGGACGAGCUACUGCCACGUCAUGGACGCGGGCCAGUACGUAGGCUACGUGGGCGGCGAGGAGCGCGCCCGCGGCCCCAUCACAUCGGGUGACAUUCCGCUGCGCCUUGACUCCACGCUCGUGCUCGGCCAGGAGCAGGACCUCGUGUCGGAAGGGUUCGACGUGCUGCAGAUCUUCCGCGGGCACUUGGCGCAGGUCAACAUCUGGAACAGGAGCCUCGGCCCGGACGAGGUGGCUCGACAGGCGGCUUGCGGGGAGGCGGCGCCCCUCGGCAACGUCUUCUCCAGCGACAGGGACGACGUGGAGGUGUUUGGCGCGACGGUGGAGACAGUGGAGGCUGCGGCAUUGUGCCGGAGCACUGAGGGUUUCGUGGUAUUCCCGGUGCUCCAGCACCUGGAGGAGGCCCAGCAAACCUGCCGCCGCGUGGGCCAGCAGCUGUACAGCCCCGGCACUCUCGAGGACAACGUGGCGCUGUACAACGCCUCGCUGCAGUUCACUGACACUUGCACCUCCAACUACCCCCUUUGGAUCGGCGCCACCGACCGCAGCGAGGAGGGCGUGUGGAGGAAGUUUUCCGACGACACUGAGAUCAAGCCUCCGUUUGCGCUAGGUGAACCCAACGGCGGGGCGGGCGAGAGCUGCCUCCUCAUGUUCCUCGGCAACGGCCGGUGGGCGGACACGCCGUGCGACCUGCACUGGCUGGCGUGCGCACCGUGCCAGAGCAACAACGACACUCCCCUGCGCCUCCGCGGCCUCUGCUUCGAGUGGGAGGCGCAGACCUUCUUUGAGGUGCUGGGCUACCGCGCCAAGAAGCCCUACUUCCAUGGCUACUACGGCCUGAUGAUAUACAGCCGCGGCAGCGGAGCGUGGCAGAUGCUGGACACCACCACGGGCCGGCAGAUGGCCACGCUCAGCCUCACCUCUGAGGACUUGUACCCCAUCGGGCGUCACACGUGGACGCUCAGCGCUGAGCUGUGCCGCCGCUCGCCCAACACGACAGUCACCCUCAGUCUGUCAGUGUGCGACAGGUUCCAGUUCACGUGUUCGAGCGGCGACUGUGUCCCGAAGGUGUUCCGCUGCAACGGUCGCGACGACUGUCCCGACCUGUCCGACGAGCAGGACUGCAGCACGGUGGUCGUGCCGGACGGCUACCAGAGGGAAAGGCCGCCGUCAGGCCGCGCAGAAGGCCAGCCGCUAUCUCUCGGCGUCAUCGUCAAAAUUCAUCGCAUCAUGGACAUCAGCGACGUCAGGCGACACGUUAGGAUGGAGCUGGAGGCGGAUAUGACGUGGACAGACAACCAACUCAAGUUCCGUAACCUGAAGGACAACCUGGAGUUCAACAGAGUCUCGUCCAGGGACAGCGAGCUGCUGUGGACACCGCGCCUGCUGUUCCCGAACGCUCCGAGCGGAGACCUGAAGCUGGUGGACAAACAGGCCUUCAUCUCCAAGACGGGGCCGCCGGAACCCGACGACUUCGACGACGUAAGGACCGGUGAGUGUCUGUCCGUCCUGUUGUUCGUGCUGCCUGACGCUGACAUGCCAACGAACCAGCACGGGAGCUUCGGCUGCACCUUCGACAUGUUUUACUACCCGUUCGACACCCAGCGGUGCUCCGUGCUGCUCCAGAGCUCCGUCAGCCAAGACCUCGUCGAGUUUUCCCGCGACCAGCACGUCCUGACCUUCCUGGACGACCACAACCUGCCAUCCUACUUCGUGAACAGCUACCGCGUCCACGUCACCGUCCUCGACACCAAUCAGACCAUCUACAGCCUUCUGCAGGUGGAGUUCGUGCUCAGCCGGCGGUGGAUGAUGCAGGUGGUGUCCGUGUUCCUGCCCACCUCUAUGCUGCUCUGUAUCGGCUACUCCACUCUCUUCGUCCGGGUCUCGCUUCUACAGGUACGUCUGGUGGUGGCGCUGACGACUCUGCUGGUGCUGUACACGCUCUUCAACCACACCUCCGAUGACCUCCCUGACACGGCCUACAUUAAGAUGAUCGACGUGUGGUUCCUUCACUGCAUCUCCAUCCUCUUCGUCAUCAUCAUCAUUCACGUGGUCGUCGAACAUUUGGACAAGGGAGCUUCAGCGCAGUGA